AUGACUGAGCCUACCGUUCUCAUUGUGGGUGCUGGAACCUUCGGCACAUCCACUGCGUAUCACCUGGCAAAGUCUUACGAUAACCCAAGCCGAAUUACCGUAAUCGACCGCUGGAACGCCUCGUCCCCGGGCCCCAGCCCUGCAGCCGCUAUAGACGUCAACCGCAUCAUUCGUACAGACUACGUGAGCCCCUUGUACUGUAAUCUCGCCAACGAAGCCAUCCAUCCUUGGUUUUGGGACAUUGACUUGGGCCAUCAUUUUCACAAAACGGGUUGGGUGGUCAUUGAUGAGAAAAACAGCGAGUUUACGGCAGCUGUCCGACGGACGUUUCGACUGCGAGGCUCGGACUAUACUAGGGACGUGGAUGUAUCCAGCGUGGGGAACACUUGGAAAUUGUUCCAGGGAAUAGACACUGCUGAGGUGGGCGACGCUUACCUUAAUCCGGAAGCCGGAUGGUGCGAUGCUGCGUCUGCUACCUCGAGCUUCAUGGCAGCUGCUGAGAGAAGAGGCGUGCAGAAAGUGACUGCCGACGUUGAGGAACUCCAACUCGACACAGGAAGAACGAGAGUGAUAGGUGUCCGUACAGCAGACGGAAACCAAAUAACAGCCGACAAAAUUGUACUGGCAACCGGCGCCUGGACGAGCAAACUUCUCGCGCCGAUUGAAGACACUCUCGAUGUCGCGGUCGAUGACCGCAUUGAGCGACAGUUGAAAGCAGUGGGGAGGUUGUCGGCCUACUACACGCUGACAUCGCAAGAGACGCAAAUGAUGUGUGCAGACAACUUGCCCAUCUUGGUCUACAAAGGCUGGGGGAUUUUGACUCCACCUUCUCCCGACAAUCGCAUAUUGAAGAUCAACGACCUGCGCACAGAGUUCGUUAAUACCCAAACGACGUCUUCCGGCCAGCGGAUCUCUGUCCCCGAGUUACGGGGCCAAAACAAUAUCCCAGAAAAGCUUCAAAAGGAGAUGGACAGCUUACUGAAGGCAAUGAUGCCAGCCUUCGUAUCACAGCGGAAGCCAGACCGAUGGCGGAUAUGCUGGGAUGCUGCGACACCGACGGGCGACUGGCUGCUAUCCAGACAUCCACACGCACAGCUUCAGAAUUUGCAUAUCGCGGCUGGGGGGAACUUUAGUAGCUACAAGUGA